AUGCUCCAGCACAUCCUCGUCUACGUAUCGAGGACCAAGAACUUCCAGAAGAGCGCGCAGUACGACUCGAUCACCAAGAAGAACGAGCAGAUGUACGCCCUCAUCGCCAUCUGCGUGGCCUUCCAGCCGACGCGUCUCGACGACACGAUCCACACGGCCCUGCGCGAGAAGUACGGCGACCAGCUCCUGAAGCUGCAGCGCGGCGGGCCCGAGUCGCUCCCCAUCUUCGAGGAGCUCUUCCGCACGGCGUGCCCCAAGUUCAUCUCGCCCACGCCCCCCGACUUUGAGAACCCCGAGGCCAACAUUGACCCGGUCGAGCACCACCUCUCCAUCUUCAUGGACGAGGUCAAGACCAACAUGUGGAGCCCCACCAUCAAGUCGUACCUCCGCCUGUACACGACCAUGGACCUCAACAAGCUGUCGGGCUUCCUCGACGUCAAGCCCGACGAGCUCCGCGCCUGGCUCCUCGUCAGCAAGCAGCGCACCAAGCAGCUGCGCUGGUCCGAGAACAGCCUGCUCGACGGCGACCUCGUCAACGUCAGCGACCUCGACUACGCCAUGCAGAACGUGAGUCGAGCCCGUUUCGGAGACGGCACCACUGGAAGAACGAGAGCUAACAAAGGACCGCAGGACCUCAUCCACAUUUCCGAGGCCAAGGUCGGACGCAAGCUGGUGGACUGGUACCUCCGCAACCUGUCGCGCACCUACACUUAG